UUCAGACCUAUAAAUGGACUCCCAUCUCACUCUGCUCUGAAUUGCCUCAUUCUGACAAACUCUCUGCUGAAAACGUCGAACGCUGCACUACAUUAAGAUGUCAGACUUAGAGAACUGCCUGGGAACCAUCAUUGAGGUCUUCCACAAAUACUCAUCCAAAGAAGGCGACAAGUACAAAUUAAAAAAGACCGAACUCAAGGAGUUGCUCACAAAUGAAUUUCCGACUCUUACCGAGCAUGUGAAAGAUCAAGCAACAAUGGACAGUUUGAUGGAAAGCUUGGACACCGAUGGUGACUCGGAGUGUGAUUUUCAGGAGUUCAUGACCUUCAUCACCAUGGUUACCAUCUGUUGCCAUGAGUUUUUCGAACACCACGAAGACGAAUGAGUUGAAUGUAAUAAAACAAGUUCAGUUUUCGUAGUUUAAUAAGUCACAAUACAUUCCUUCUCUUAAAGUUUGCUUUGUUCUUUAUCAUAUCAUAUUAGGAUUGCUGAUUUGUUUGGAAAGAAUGUACAUGCAGCUUGUACGACAGUUUGUUUGGCUUAUUUUGCUAGACUCAAAACUAGUUCAUAAUUUAUUACAAAACAUGUUUCUAUUAUUUUGUCUAGCCAUUUUUUUUUCUCCAAGACCUCCCCAUCAUAAAUCUCAUCGAGUGAAAUGCAGACCAAGUGUUGUACUUUUGCCAUUUCAAUUCUAGGCUGAUUGCGAAAUGUUUUUUUUUUUUAUUAGGCUGCUAUUGACUUACGUCGGAUUGUUCUGG